AUGAAAUCUUCAAUGCAUCGCCCCGGAGAUCUCUCCCUCCGUAGGCAGCUUGAGGAUUCAGCCCUCUUCGCCCUUCAAGUCGUCAGAUCCCCUCAGCUCUACCUGGACGCUUCUCGCAUAUAUUUCUUCUCCACCACUUUCAUUGCCCUAAUACUAUCCAAAUGCUUCCAUCUCUGCGUCCAUCUCACGUCGCUAGCAGUUCCAUCCCUCCUCCCAUGGGGCCCCACAUUCUUCCUGGUGGACAUUGUGCUUAUUCUGGUCGCGUGCUACUUGGCCCGUUCAUUUGAAUCGCGGAUUGGCCAAAAUGUAGCCGGCGUUGUGUCUCUUUUGUUCAGUCUGUAUAUCUCGUCGUUGACUGCCGCUAAUAUCUCCUUUUACGUCCAUACAGGGGCGGAGAUCUUAUGGCGCAAAUCGGAAGAUUCUCACAAGGACAAUGCCAAUCCCGCUACACAGACCAUUUUGUCUAUGUUGGCUGUCGCUAUUCUGGUUGAAACGUUGAUUAUGAUUGGCGCGUACUUUGCCACGCCGUGUCUGUUCCGAGUCACCGACAGUUUCCUGGAGAUUUGGGGUUCGCUUUUGCUCUACCCUGUCCGCCGAUUUGUUCGACGAAAAACACCGUCAGACCCAGAGAUCUAUCAGCAGGUUGAAAUUGAAGACUAUGAUGAGGGUCACAACGACAGUGACUCCAUAUCACAAUUGGAUAUACCUCAAAAUGAAUUUGUGCAAAAAAAAGAGCCAGUCGUUGCUGAAGCUAUCAUUCGCCCACGCGCUGCGGACUACAGUUAUCUCUCCAAGUCCCUGUCCCUCGCGCCAUUCGGUAGCCACAAAUAUUCACCCGCUCAUGAACGUCCCACAUCGGCGAAUGGAAGUGCUGUUCCAGAAAGUUCCCCAGAAAGCGCUCCGUCAGGCGUUCCGUCAAGUGCCUCAUCAAGUGCUGCCAAUGGAAAUUCCACCUCGCUACCGGCCGAUUUCAGCUGGCUGGAAGGUCACACCGCUUUGGACUCCUUUCCCACAUUUGAUUGGUUACCUUCGUACAAUUCGUCAGAUGGCUUCCCGGACUGGUCUCCCUUCCGUAUCAAUAAGCACGACAAGUCUGACUAUGUUUAUGAACACUAUAACCCGGUGAAAGAUCCUCUACACACGCCAAACCUCCAGAACGAAAUUUUGGAGCCCAUUCGCGAGCUACUCCACAGCGGAAGUGUGAAAAUUAAGCAUGUCAUUCUCAUAAAGCUAGAGAGCACUCGACAGGAUGUGUGGCCCUUCCGCUCAAAUUCUUACAUUAUGAAACACAUCAAUGACUCUUACCCGAGCGGUAUCCCCGAGGAGGUCCAGGAUAGGCUCUCCAAGCUCACCCCUACCGCCGAGCGUUUAACCGGAUUCGAGACUGGGUUCCGUAAGGACGGGGAUGAUCAUCCGAAGCCCUAUGGUGGCAUCAGUGCGAGGAACGCUUACACAUCCGGGACAUACACCCUGAAGAGUAUUACUGGCACAGUGUGCGGGGUGAAUCCUAUGGCUGUUGAGGCCAAUCUCGAGUACCUGCAUGAUAUUUACCAGCCUUGCUUGCCACACAUACUCGAGGCAUUAAACCAGCAGCCAAAUGUCAAUAAUCAGACAGAUGACUGGACUUCCUGGCCGUGGCAUUCUAUGUGGAUGCAGUCACACCCCGACGACUGGGAUAAGCACUAUAUGCUUCAUCCUGCUCUAGGAUAUCAAGAUAUCAUGGCAAGGAGAACAAUCGAUGCAGCUGGUAAAAAAUACAUCCCGGAAGAGACAGAAGAGGAAGAGGAACAUGGCCAUGAGGAUAAGUUGCUGAAAAAUUAUCUCCGAGAUGUCAUCAACGAUGCCAAGAAGAACAACACUCGCCUCUUCCUUAGCCAUCUAACACAUAAUACACACACUCCGUAUUACAAACCCGGUGAUUAUCGGGAGAUGAUGGGUGAUUUGUCGACUGAACAGUACCAGAGGUUAAAUCGAUACCUCAACACCAUUGCCUACCAGGACGAGUGGAUAGCCGAUAUCCUCAAGCUUCUUGAUGAUGCCGGUAUUGCCGAUGAGACCCUUCUUGUGAUGACUGGUGACCAUGGUCUAUCACUUCCAAAUGACGGUGGUAUAACUGCCUGGCACUCCCCUCACGUCGGAAAUUUCCACGUACCGCUAUUCUUCUCACAUCCCAAGCUGCCGCAGCUCGAAGUUAAAAAUGCUGUUCUUUCCACCCAAAUCCUUCCCACCAUCCUCGAUCUGCUCGUCGAAACCUCCUCUAUCGACGAGCAAUCGACUAAGAUCGUCAAGGAUCUGCUCCCUAUGUACGAGGGCCAGUCGAUGAUACGCGCACUCAUCCCCGAGCACGACGGCAAGCAAGAAUGGCACUUCUCGACGAUGAACCCUGGUGGAACGUGGUUCUGCAUGCGUGCGGCCGCACAGCCGUACCGCUUAGUCGUGCCUCUCAAACCCGACGCGAUGUGGCGAUUCACCGACAUCGUCGCCGAUCCAUUUGAGCUGAAUCCUCAGGAAGAUCUCCAACUCCUGUUCCUGAUCGACGUUGUGCGAAAGGUGCACGGACCCGAGGCCGUGAAAUGGCUCAGCGAAGCUGCCCAUGUCGCCAAGUGGUGGAUUGGGGAGAACUACCGCCGCUGGCAAUAUGAUCCCCAAAACCCGGGGAACAAUUGA